GAAUUUGUAAACUAUGGCUGGAGAUUUCAAAGCAGUAGGAGCUUUCACCAUUACUCCCCACAAAGUCUCCAUCUGUAUUCUCCUCCAGAUCUAUGCACCACCAGCUCAAGCCUCAGUGCCGUUUCCCUUCUCGUCCGUCUCUCAGCACAAUCGCCUCGGCUUGUUCUUGUUGGCCUUGACAAAGUCUUGUGAUGACGUCAUGGAGCCAACAUUAGAUGAGCUUACAAAUCAAUUGAGAGAAAUUGGUGGCUUGCUGAAUCAUUGGUUAAGUGAUCAUUUAACCCGACGGUUAUCAUCUCUAGCUUCCCCUGAUGACUUGUUUAAUCUUUUCAACAGUCUUCGAAGUAUCCUCGGGGGCCCUGAAACAAGUGUUUUGGAAGAUGACCAAAUCAUCUUGGAUCCAAACAGUUACUUGGGAACGUUUCUACGCCGUUGCCUGCUUGCCUUCAAUCUAUUAUCAUUUGAGGCAAUCUGCCACCUUUUGACACAUAUAGGGAUCUAUUGUAAGGAGGUUGCCUCAUCUUGUCGUCCUUAUGAUUUGCCCAAUGAUGAUGAUUCUAAUAAUGAACUAGAAGAGUUGUUGGGUUAUGAGGAUAUGGAUCUUGAGACCUUUGUUUUUCGUAAAGUUGCUGAAGAAGCUGAAGCUAGAAAAAGAGCUAGGGAAAGUGCUACAUUCCAUCUUCAUGCACCUAAGUCACUUUUUGGGUUGGUGGAAGAUGUCCAGGUUCCCGCUGGCGCCAAAUUCAAGCGCAGCAAUGAUGGUAGACAAGGGAGGGAGUUUGCAUGCCCUUCAGAUGAUGCAUCGAGAGGUGAUGAUCAAAUUGGUGGCUUAUUUUUACGUACUAAUUGGCAGGUACAGGGGUACUUAAGAGAGAAAGCUGAUCUAAUUGAGAGGCAUGGCAGUUCAUUUCCACUAAAUUCAUUUGAAUCUGUUUUAAAGCAGCUUCAGAAACUUGCUCCAGAGCUUCAUCGCGUUCACUACUUACGAUACUUGAAUAGCCUUUAUCAUGAUGAUUACCCUGCUGCUUUGGAAAACCUUCACUGCUAUUUUGAUUACAGUGCAGGGGCAGAGGGAAUCGAUUCUGCUCCAUCUCCUUCUUUCAGCAGUUUUGGAAACUAUGAAACUGCUUUAUUAUGUUUAGGUCUGAUGCAUUGUCAUUUUGGGCAUCCUAAGCAAUCAUUGGAGGUCCUAACUGAAGCUGUUCGGGCCUCUCAACAGCACAAUAAUGAUACUUGUCUUGCCUACACUUUGACAGCUAUUUGCAACUUGUUAUCUGAAAUCGGUAUCUCAAGCACAACGGGUAUAAUUGAUUCGUCACAUUCACCAGUUACCAGUAUAGGUACUUCACUGUCUAUCCAGCAACAAUUGUUUGUGUUACUAAGAAGGUCUCUAAAGAGAGCAGAAAGCCUGAAGCUACCCCUGCUUGUAGCCUCCAAUCGGCUGGCAAUGGCAAAAUUCAAUCUAACGCAUGUGAAAAGAGCAUUGCUUUCAUUUGGUCCCAAGGCUUCCAUGAAGCUCAAAACAUGUCCAAGUGAUGUUUGCAAGGAACUGAGAUUAAGUACUUAUUUGCUCAGUGAAUUUGGAUCAGAUGGUGCAUCACUGACAAUUGAUGGUGCAUUUAGUACUGCAUGGCUAAAGAGCCUACAAAAGCCUAUGGUUUCAUCAGUUCUGUCUCAGGAGGAUGAAUCUGGAGGUUCAUGCGAUGCUCUUCAGUUUGGUUCACAACCAAGUUCUAUUCCUGGUUAUGUGAUGCAAUUAGCUGGUGCAUCAUAUCUACUCCGGGCCACUGCCUGGGAGCUAAAUGGCAGUGCCCCUGUAGCUCGACUAAAUGCAUUGAUCUAUACGACAUGCUUUGCUGAUUCUUCAAGUUCGGCUGAUGUGGCAUUAGCAUAUGUCAAACUUAUCCAACACCUGGCAAUAUUUAAAGGAUAUAAAGAAGCUUUUACUGCUCUACAGGUGGCUGAGGAGAAGUUUGUGUCUUUGUCAAAAUCAAAAAUCCAGAUCCUGAAGCUGCAAUUGCUACAUGAGCAGGCUUUGCAUCGAGGACAUUUGAAAUUAGCCCAACAAGUGUGUGAUGAGUUAGGAGCACUUGCCUCUUCUGUAACUGGUGUGGAUAUGGAGCUGAAAUCAGAAGUCAGCCUUCGGCAUGCUCGUACACUACUUGCUGCUAAGCAGUUCAACCAGGCAGCAGCUGUAGCACAGUCUCUCUUUUGUAUGUGUUACAAAUUCAAUCUUCAGGUUGAGAAUGCGACUGCCCUACUCUUGCUUGCAGAAAUCCACAAGAAAUCUGGCAAUGCUGUAUUAGGCCUACCUUAUGUGCUAGCUAGCCUUUCAUUUUGCCAAUCUUUUAAUCUUGAUCUGCUGGAAGCAUCAGCCACUCUGGUACUCGCUGAGUUGUGGCUGUCACUUGGAUCAAGCCAUGCAACACGAGCAUCAACCCUCAUACACAGGGCUUUUCCAAUGAUUCUCGGUCAUGGAGGUUUGGAGUUACGUGCACGAGCCUUUAUUGCAGACGCAAAGUGUUAUCUAUCAGAUCCAUGUUUUUCAGUUUCUGAAGAUCCUGAGGUUGUGCUGGAUUCUCUAAGGCAAGCUUCUGUGGAGCUUGAAAUUUUAGAGUAUCAUGAAUUGGCGGCCGAAGCCUUCUACUUGAUGGCCAUUGUCUUCGACAUGCUUGGACAUCUAGAUGAAAGAGAAAAUGCUGCUGCUUCGUUUAGAAAUCAUGUGGUUGCUCUUGAAAACCCGGAUGAUGACGACUCAUUGUUGAACCGGAUAUAAGGAAUUCAUCCAUAACCCAGUGGAACACAUAUUGCAAGUUGACAGCUGAAGCCAUCCACUUGUGGCCACAAUUUAGAUGGAAAGACAGCUUCUUAAUUCAAAACAAGUGAUUUGUUUCGAAAAUUCACAGGACGAGGGCCUGCUGUCAAAGGGAUAUAACUAAAUCCUCAUGCUCUGAUGCAGGUGAGCACGUGAAACCCCAUACUGUACUUACAGAUCAGUAGAGCAUUUGAUGUGCUAGUUAUGUUUGGCCAUGUAAUCAGAUAUAACUAGGUUAACUUUCUUCUCUAUUCCAUCCUAUUGGUUGAAUGAAUGGAUUCAGCUUCAACACAAGAGUGGCCCUUGAUAUAAGAAACUGCUCUGGACCAAUUUAAACUGAUCCCACCCUCUAGCCUCUUUGUACUUUAAUGGGUAGACCAGCCUAGGGAUAAUU